AUGCCCAGAAUGUGUCGCACCCUAACCUCGCAUGACUUGCUGAUUUGGCAGAGGACCACUACACAGACGAGAACCAUAGUGGUCAAAGCAGAGUAUCCUUUUGAUCUUGUACUAAAAAUGGAUCAAUUACACUAUCCCACGGUUCCAAAGUUGUCGUCACAGCUAUUAAGUCUCUGGACCGCUCAUGUUAUAGUAAACGAUAGUGUUUAA